AUGUUGGUGACCCUGGAUAAGUCGCUGCCCCACCCUGGGCCACAGCUUCUUCACCAGAGACGAAAUCCUCAGGCCAACGCCAUGAGCCCACUGGUCCUCACCCACCCUCUCUUUCUUUCCGUCUGCAUCCUGGCAUUUCCCACGUACCUGCUGGACUUCCUGGGCUUGCGGAACCGGAUAUGCAAAAAAUCGCUCCCCUACUUCUUGGCAAGGUUUACUGUGAUGUACAACGAACAGAUGGCGAGCAAGAAGCAGGAGCUCUUCAGCAAUCUACAGGAGUUCGCAGGCCCCUCCGGGAAGCUCUCCCUGCUGGAGCUGGGCUGCAGCACAGGGCCCAACUUCAAGUUCUACCCGCCUGGAUGCCGGGUGACCUGUAUUGAUCCCAGCCCCAACUUUGAGAAGUUCUUGAUCAAGAGCAUUGCUGAGAACCGACACCUGCAGUUUGAGCACUUCCUGGUGGCUGCCGGGGAGGACCUGCACCAGGUGGCCGACGACUCCGUGGAUGUGGUGGUCUGCACACUGGUCCUGUGCUCCGUGAAGAACCAGGAGCGGAUCCUCCAGGACGUGUGCAGAGUGUGGAGGCCGGUGAAUGCCCUUAACUUCAUGGAACAUACAGCAGCCAAACAUUCUAGCUGGAAUUUCUCCGGUCAGCAAUUCCUCAGCCUAGCUAGACACUUCUUAUUUGAAACCUGUCAAGAAAGAGCCAGGGGCUACCCUGCAGCAGUGGGCAGGACCCUGCUGGUACAGUAG